GUCAGUCAGUCAGUCGCGUUGUCAAGCUGAAAGCGUCGAGAUGAAAUCGCUCGUGGUGUGCUCUUUGAUUGGAUUGGUCCUGCUGAUGGCCGCUGGCCAAGUGCGUGCCGAGUGUGAUGAGGCCAAGAGUCCCGAGGACAGCGACUUCAAGCACUUCUUCAAGAACCUCGGCUGCAAGGUCAACCAGGGGGCCAAGGAGGUGGCCGAGGCUGCCAAGCCCUACACCGACAAGAUCGGCGAGGGCGCCAAGGAGUUUGGCAGCUCGGUGGCCCACAAGUACGACGAACUGAAGCACAAGCUGACCGACGAGCCCUCGACCACGCCCAAGGUGCCAGUGGCCUAUGACGCCCCCACCGAGAAGGUCCUUUUGGCCCCCAUCGGCGGACCCAGCACCCCAAUUCCAUGAGGGAUUUUGUUGAAUCGGUUGAAGGUCGCCUCCUUCGUGUUGCAUAAGAUUUCUUUGUUUUUUUUUUUUUCUUUGUGAUCUAUAUUAAUAAAAACUGAAGUGAUGUUGGAAUCGUGA